CAGGCGUCUGUCGCAUUUGUAUCGAGUCGUGUCCAGUGCGACGUUCCGCGUUGUGAUUUCGUGCUGCUGUUUCUGCGCCGAGAAUUUCUUCUGCUACACCCACACCCUUAAUAAGACGAGGAGUGGCAGCUGGAGGACAGAAGCCACGAUACGCUCUCCGUGGACACUGACUGCGUGCAGCUGUUGGUGAACGCCCUGGACCACCCCACGUGUCCGCUGGAAGACCUGCCACUGGAAGCCGUGAAGCAGCGCGAGCAGUGCCGCGAGCAGCUGUGGGACGACGUGGUGCAGAGGUCGCCCCACAUACCCGUCACCAGCUACCUGGCCUACACGCAGAGGGCAAACGUCAACCUCUGUCUGCUGGCCUGGAUGGCUGUCAACUCGUACGGCAUUUGUCAGGACGUCCCGUUUAGUAUGAUACAGUCGGUGCACGAUGCUCGCUGCUAUUUCAAUAGUCCUGACGAUCAAUCAUGUCUGCAGUCGAACGCUACAGACGCCAUAUGCUCUGUUUCCAGAGCUAUUCUGUUGCUAAAGUGUAGCGAACAUUCCUCCAUUAAGACUUCCCAUAAUUAUACGUACACUAGUUUCGGAUUUGGAGUAUUCCGUAGUACUAACAGGAUGCUCUAUCAAAAGCUAACAGAAGAAACACUGAACUACAAAAACAGUUUAAACAAUGCCACCUUGAAAUACAAGGAUUUUAAAAUCGACAGCUUGAAGCCUUUAGAAAUCUCAUUUAUACUGGUAAAUUUAAUUUUCCGUUUUUCGACUGCCGGGGUAUACUUGUAUCUUCCCCAGUUACGUAAUUUGCCUGGAAAGAUAUUCUUGUCCUUUCAGAUCACGUGCAUAGUCCAGAUCCUGUGUUCUGAGGUCGUGUAUCGUAUGGCAGGCGUCCCUGACUUACCAACAGCAGUGCUGAUAGACAGCGCCCUCACACUUCUCAGCUGUAUCUGGCUGAACUCAUUCUGCUACCAGAUGUAUUCUUGUGUCCGCCAUCUCAGGCUUCCUGACCAGCUACUACCUGCUGAACUAAGCCAGUUAUUCCGUCGUGAGGUGCUGUGUGUGCUUAUACCGUGGAGUAUAGUAUGUGUGGCAGCUGCUGCUUUGGAAAAGACGGGUAAAUAUUACCUGAUCUACAGUCGUAUAGUAGUCCUUGCAGGGAUUUCAGUGUCUGUGGCAUUCAACUUGGUUUGUCUCGGACUGAUUGGAUACAUGUACCUACGUAAUCGGUGCUCCAUGCGGCAACUCGAAAUUGUUGAUAACAAGAAAUUUGCCUCAAAGAAGGAAUGUCUUUUUAUGUCAGUUAAGGCCAUUAUAUUAAGUGGAACAGGAAUUAUUAUUAGAAUUGGGUUCCACCAGGCUCAGGGAAUAGCGCAGUUUGUGUACUAUAUGCAUCUAGUUACGAUGCUGCAAGGACCAGUGCUCUUCGUCUGUUUCGUUUGCAAUGGAACGACGCUCCCCAUACUCAAGAACAGGAUACUUCUUUGGUGGGACCCAACCAACAUCCCUGCAGGUGUAGAGCUGUGUUCAGCAGCCGAGAGGAAUCUGGCCAGGAGAAACAAUGAACAGUCUCCCUUUUCAGAAUCCUCGCUGUAGCCUCCUUCAGUAUUUUUCCCAAAUAACUGUCUCCACACCACACUGCAUUAAACCCAGCAAUAAAAAUGGACUCUACCUGGUAUGACAAUAUCAAAUUUCAUUAAAUCUGAUAUCGUACAGCCAGUACUUCUCUUUCCUAACGUCUCCUUCAUUUAUAACUGUGUGCUUAUUUGUGAGUGGUAGCCCCUGUCUACCUAUUCUAAUGCAUUGAGACUAUUUACUAAAAUUGUUGGGAAAUGCUUCGUGUAUACAAUAGGCUGCGUUAAUCACACGGCCUCUUAUAUACAAGGUAAACGCAGCACGUUGUCGGAGGAAUUCCCGUUCGUCAGUGUCAUCUACCGUGGCGAUGGUGCAUUUCUGGACAGAUGUUCGUAGGACGUUUUUUCUCCGUUUUCCUUCGAGGAUCUGUCUUUGCAGUUUGUCGGUUUUAUUAAUGUAUAAUGUAUGAUAUUAGUAUAUAACAUUAUGUCUGAAACAAGGAAAUUUUCCAUAUGUGUGUGAAAGAUGUACUUUUACAUGAUUUGUAAUUCAAGUACCAUGACAAGAGACAUUCAGAUAUUUAUAAAAUCAAAAGAGAGGGGCCAAUGACUGAAGUGGUGUGUGCAUGAAAGUGUAAAUGGGUUUGUUGAGCUUAUUAGUGGUUCGAUUACAUAGUGACUCAAACAGGUAUAGUAAUAAAGUAACACAUGACUUGUUGUGUGAAAUGUGGCUUGAAGUGAACGCAAAUUGUCGAAUGGCAGAGUUAUAUGAGAUUAGCAUUAUUGGGUUUGUGAGACAAGAUGGUGAUUUGUUAAGCUAGAGGUUUGUAAGGGUACUAUGGCAGAUGUUAAAAGUUAAUGUUCCAUGUGCCACUCUUGGGCAAGGAAGAACAUUACUUAAAGGCGUAUUUACAGGAACAGUACUGUGGAAGGAUAAAUUUGUGCCAGUACUGUGAGUCCUGGAAAACAUGUGCCAUAGUAGCUUCACUAGAAGCACACAGUACGCAGAAAUUGUUGUGAUUCGUAAUCAAUAGACGAUCUCCCAUUCGUUCAAAU